AUGCGGCGUUUCAAUUCAGCUAUUCUUCUAGCAGUCGGUCUGUCUUUGGUUAGUGGGGGUGCUUCAACCAGCCAUGGGGCAAUUCAGAAUGCCGGUCACUCUCCGCAAAACAAACAGCCCAAUUUUGUCUUUAUCAUGACGGAUGAUCAAGACUUGCAUCUUGACUCGCUGAAUUAUAUGCCCAAGCUGCAGCGGCUCGUCGGUGACGAAGGUACGGUCUUUGAGCGCCAUUUUUGUACGAUUGCCGUCUGCUGUCCGUCGCGAGUGAGCUUAAUGACUGGCAAGCUGGCGCAUAAUACCAACGUCACCGAUGUGUAUCCUCCAUAUGGUGGUUAUCCCAAGUUCGUGUCCGAAGGUCACAAUGACAAUUACUUGCCCAUCUGGCUGCAAGAUGCAGGCUAUAACACUUACUACACGGGAAAGUUUUUGAAUUCCCACUCAACAUCCAACUACAACAAUCCGUACCCGAAAGGAUGGAACGGAACGAACUUCCUGCUCGACCCAUCCACUUACAGCUACUGGAACUCUACUUUCCAACACAACCACGACAAACCCGUUGUAUCAGAUGGCUACUCAACCGAUCUAAUCUCAGCCCAUGCCCUGACCUUCAUCAAAGAAGCCCACGCCUCGGACCGCCCAUUCUUCAUCGGAAUCACCCCCAUCGCACCGCACUCGAAAACAGCCGAGGUAGAGGGCUCGUCGACCCCAGCCUUCACCGACCCAGUCCCUGCACCACGACACGCGAAUAAAUUCCCCAACGCAAGACAAAGCGGCGCCAGCUGGAUCCUGGAUCUACCCCAACUGAACGCUAGUGAUGUCAGCUACAUGGACAGCUAUUACCGGCACCGACUCCAAUCCCUCCAAGCAGUCGACGACCUAGUCGAGAGCGUAGUGAACGAACUCAAGACCUACAAUUUGCUCGAAGAUACUUAUAUCUUCUACACAUCCGACAACGGCUACCACGUCGGACAGCACCGCAUGGUCCCCGGAAAGGGCUGUCCGUACGAAGAAGACAUCAACAUUCCCAUGAUAGUGCGUGGACCGGGGGUACCCAAAGGCCGAACCGUCGAUUUCGUCACAUCUCACACCGACAUUGCAGCGACGUUAUUUGAUUUGGCGGGUAUACCGCUGAGAGAAGAUUUUGACGGAAUUCCGAUGCCGUUGACAGCGAAGGGAAUGCGGGGCGCGAGGUCUGAUCCACGCAGGGAGCAUGUUUCGGUUGAGUAUUGGGGAUCGAAUCUCCAGGAGGGUGAUAUUGGUCGGGUUUCGGCGACGGGCGCGGGCGUUGUGUAUUCUAAUAAUACUUACAAGGCUAUGCGGGUUAUUGGGGGUGGGUAUAAUCUUUUUUACUCGGUUUGGUGUACUAAUGAGCAUGAACUUUACGAUUUGACGAAUGAUCCGUACCAGAUGGAUAAUCUCAUCAAUACCAAGGGCAAGCUCCUUGGUCGGAAUAUCAAGAAAGUGAUCUCUCGCUUAGACGCCCUCCUGCUCGUUCUUAAGAGCUGUAAAGGCUCGGAAUGUACGCUUCCCUGGCAGGUUCUACAUCCGGAUAAGAGGGUCACUAGUCUCGCUGAAGCGCUCAGUCCCACGUACGAUCUAUUCUACGCCGCGCAGCCUGAUAUUAGUUUCUCGGCGUGUGAGUUGGGUUAUUUUCCGGCGUCGGAGGGGCCGCAGGAGGGGUAUGCGUAUCGACGGGAUGGGGAUUGGAGUCAUUGGGCGUAG